AUGUGGGGAGCGAUGUUGGAUGCAGUGAAGUUGGAGCAUGAGUGGAAGGAUCGGUUCGAGGAUGAGACUGUGACUGGGCGACUGCGUCACUUUCUGGUCCAUGACAGCGUGAGGUGCAGCAGCAGCAGCAGCAGCAAGGACUUCAACGACAAGAGGAAGCGCGAGGAGGCGGAGGAUGUGGAGCAAGGGGAUGGAGAGCUGUCAGAUUAUGAUGUACAGAGAAAAAUCAAUGAGAUGAGCGAGAUCGAGGAGAAGGGAGAGCAGCAGCAGCAGCAGCAGGUCGCAGCGGCAUGGGGAGGCGGAAGGCGGCGGGAGGGCGGGAAAAGCAGGAAGGGCCCCUUACUGUAG